AUAAAAACACCAUAUAUAUUCCACUAUGUGAGAAUAUAUAUAUAUCCGUGGGAUCCAUAUCCGCAUCAGUUGAAAGUAGAGAGUGAGUCCCCUCCUAUUCCUAACUGAAUUUCCAAAUGUCACUCACUUUGAAAUCUCCGCCCUUCUCUGCUCUCUCUUCCUCUCUCCAGCAUGGGAGGUCGAGGUUCUUACCUGGAGCUGGAUCGACAGCUUCAAAUCUGGUGCUCUUCAACAACGUUCGGAAAUCUUUUCCGCUAAUUCGAGCUUCCUCGUCCUCGCUCGACACUGGUUCCAACACGGAAUUGGAUGCUGUGUCUAGCUUCAGUGAGAUCGUUCCUGACACUGUCAUUUUCGAUGAUUUCGAGAGGUUUCCUCCAACAGCAGCUACCGUUAGCUCCUCGCUCCUUUUGGGUAUAUGUAGCCUUCCUGAUACAGUAUUUAGAAAUGCUGUGGAAAUGGCUUUGGCGGAUUCCACAUGUUAUGGGCUAGAAAACGCUGAUUUGAGAUUGUCAUGUUUCGUUAACAAGGCUUUAGUGAAUGUUGGUGGUGACUUGGCAAAACUAGUACCUGGUCGAGUUUCAACUGAAGUGGAUCCACGCCUUGCGUAUGACACACAUGGCAUUAUCAGGAAGGUGCAUGACUUGUUGAAAUUGUACAAUGAAAUUAAUGUACCUCCUGAGCGUUUGCUGUUUAAAAUUCCUUCAACUUGGCAAGGAAUAGAGGCCUCAAGAUUGCUGGAAUCUGAAGGAAUACAGACACAUUUGACUUUUGUAUACAGCUUUGCUCAAGCUGCAGCUGCAGCCCAAGCUGGUGCUUCUGUUAUUCAGAUUUUUGUGGGUCGUUUAAGGGAUUGGGCACGCAACCAUUCUGGCGACCCUGAGAUUGAAGCUGCUAUCAGCAGAGGCGAGGAUCCAGGGUUGGCUUUGGUGACAAAGGCUUAUAAUUACAUUCACAAGAAUGGACAUAAAUCAAAGUUGAUGGCUGCUGCUGUCCGAAACAAGCAGGAUUUAUUUAGUCUUCUGGGGGUUGACUACAUCAUUGCACCAUUGAAGGUAUUACAAUCUCUCAAAGACUCCGUUACUGCUCCUGAUGAGAAGUACUCCUUUGUUAGGAGACUUUCUCCAGAGUCUGCAGCCCUAUACAAUUUCAGUAAAGAAGAGCUCGUGAAAUGGGACCAAUUAAGCCUUGCAUCAGCUAUGGGACCGGCAGCUGUAGACCUUCUUGCUGGUGGACUGGAAGGUUAUGUUAAUCAAGCCAAGCGAGUGGAAGAGUUGUUUGGGAAGAUUUGGCCUCCCCCAAAUGUCUGAAGGUGUUCCCAUCACUUGCUAAGCAGAUCUUCUCUUUAUUGAAUAAACAGUGUGAAUUUUUUUUUUUUUUUUUUUUUUUUCAAACUUUCCUUCUAGCAAUAUUUGUUUCAUGCAAAGCUGUUGAUUUAGACAUGAAUGUUCACUCUUAAUUUACAGGUUUUUUUUUUUUAUUUUAAUCACAUAAUGUGACAACUUGCCAAUUGAGGGGCAUCUGCUUUUGAGUAUUUUUGUGCUCUAUCACACAUCUUUCAAGGUC